AACGAGUCGCCCGGGGCUGCGACGCUUUUUAACCCGUAUUUAUCGCAGUUGUACGCAGUCCAUCGCAAGUCGCUUUGAAGCCCUCGGCGGUGCAACCAAGUCUCAAAUACCCGGUGUGCCCCGACCUCCGCCUUCCGGCAGCAGAGCCGAACUCUUAGACCGAAGAGCAAACCAAUCUAGCUCACCGCAACACUCGUACGCUCGUCUCGCCAUGAACGUUAGAAACAGCUCCGUCCUCGGCGAGGAAAGCGAGGAUGACUUCGACUGGGAGGAAGUCGAGGUCGGUCAAGCCGCAGCGCUCGAUGGCGUUCAGCCCUCCGCCUCGGCUACGCCCACAAACAUCCAAGACUACUAUGGCGAAACACGCGACAAGGAAGAGGGUCCUUCGGAGAAGCCGCACCUGGAGAUCACCAUAAAGACUCUCGGUAAGAAGGGCGACCCAAAGAAGAACGAGAGAGCGAUCCAGCUCGCAAGGGAGCGCGCCAUCCGCCUCGACUGCCACAAGAUCCACACCGUCACCCUCCUCAUGAACGCCCAAGUCCGCAACCAGUGGAUCAACGACGAGCUCCUGCACGCCCGCCUCAUGUCCCUCACCCCGCUCCCCCUCCAGAACGCCUUCGCGGCGAUCCACAAGUCCCGCGUGCCCGACCCCGUCCAGCGCGGCCGCCUCUUCGAGUCUGCCAUCACCCGCCUCGCCGACUGGUGGGCCUCGUCCUUCGCCAUCGUCCCCGCCGGCCACAUCACCUCGCGCACCUUUGACGACGUCCAGCGCACGCUCCCCCCAUCCAAACCCACACCGCAGGACCCCGAUCCGAAGGGCAAGGGGAAGGCGCGCGCGGUGGACGCGGACGCGGACGACGACGGUAACGAGGACGACGACGAGGAGCGGUACGGGGUGCGCGGGGAGCGCAUCCGGAGCGCGAAGAGCCUAAUGAAGCACGCGCUGAUGAUGCGGGGGACGCGCGACACGAGCGCGCAGCUGUUCACCGCGCUGUGCCGCGCGCUGGGUAUCCCUGCGCGCUUGGUGGUCAGUCUGCAGAGCGUGCCGUGGCAGGCCAGUGUCGGGAAGCCGAAGCCGGCCGCGAAGAAGAAAAAGAAAGACGCCGAUGAGGAUGAGGACGCCAAGGGCAAGGGUAAGGGCAAGGCGAAGGUAGACGGCGCAGAAGAUGCGGAGGACGACGACGACGAUAUGGAAGCGGUCGACAUCCCUGGGUCCCCUGCGGUGAGUAGCACGAGGGGCAGGUCGCCCCUCCCCGGAAACGGUCAACGCUCGGACGGCGCGACCCCGACGCCGAGCGGCAAGGGCAAACAGAAGGCCGCCCCCGUCAUCCGGCUGCGGAAGAGCAAAGGCGGCCCAAAGUCGCAGUCUCAGCGUCCACGACGUGAGUCCCGCCCCCUCAUCUUCCGCACCCCACGCAGACCAACACUCACCCGCGCACCUCCAGGCGAGCGCACCCCUGACCCGAUGACGACCGCGCCCGUCUUCUGGACCGAGGUCUUCUCGCGCGCCGACGCGCGCUGGCUGCCCGUCGACCCCAUCCGCGUGAUCGUGAACAAGCGCAAGGCGUUCGACCCGACGCCAAACCCCCACGCGGGUGCGGCGAAGGCGGACAAGCGCCGCGCGGUGCGCGUCGAGAACCGGAUGGUGUACGUGAUGGCGUUCGAGGAGGACGGGUUCGCGCGCGACGUCACGCCGCGGUACGCGCGCGAGUUCGGCGCGAAGGUCGCGAAGGUGCAGCAGGGCGGCAGGGGCCGGCGCGAGUGGUGGGAGCGCAUAUGCAGGAUGGUGCGGCGGCCGUAUAGGCUCCAACGCGACGACGUCGAGGACGAGGAGCUGCAAGCGAACCAGAUGACGGAGGCGAUGCCUACGACGAUGGUGGGCUUCAAGGACCACCCGCUGUACGUCCUCGAGCGGCACCUGAAGCGGGACGAAGUCGUCGAGCCCCCAGUCGAGAUAGGCAAGUUCCGCGGAGAGUCAGUCUACCCGCGGGGAAACGUCCUCCAGCUGAAGACGGCGGAGAGCUGGAUGCGCCAGGGCCGCACGGUCAUCGCGGGGGCGCAGCCGCUCAAGUGGGUCAAGCAGCGCGCCAUGACCGUGAACAAGAAGCGCGCGAUCGAGCUCGCGCUCGCGGACCAGCGCGACCGUGCUGCUGCGUCCGCCCCGACGCCAGACGAGAACGGGGCGUUUGCGGUCGACGUCGACGGUGGGAACGCGGGCGCCGGAGAGGGUUUCGCGGCCGAGGAGGGCAUCAUGCAAGGGAUGUAUGCCGAGCAUCAGACUGAGGUGUACAAGCCUCCGCCAGUCAUCGACGGCAAAGUUCCGAAGAACGAUUUUGGGAACCUCGACCUGUAUGUUCCGUCGAUGCUUCCUGCUGGGGCCGUACACAUACCUUAUAAGGGGACUGCGAAGAUCGCGCGGCAGCUCGGUUUUGACUACGCAGAAGCAGUGACCGGAUUUGAGUUCAAGAAGCGUAGGGCUUUCCCCGUUGUGACUGGUAUCGUCGUUGCGGCGGAGAACGAAUCCGCGGUCCUUGAGGGGUACUGGGAGGCAGAACAAGACGCCGAGGCAAAGCGGCGGGCAAAGCGGCAGGACCAGGUGAUCAAGCGGUGGACAAAGCUUAUCCAUGGUCUUCGCAUCCGCCAGCGGCUCAUAGAACAGUACGCCGACCGCAAUGCGUCCGCGGCCGGUGCAUCGUCCGCCACCGCGGCAACAGCGGCAGACGGCCGCACAACUGUCGAGGCCGAUAAUCAGCAGGAGUCGGGAUCGCAGAAGCCUAUUGCGGGUGGCUUCCUUACUGGCGUGGACGACGUUGUGCAGCCGUAUACCCUCCCGCGGAACUUCCACGAGGUCGUCGAACAUGCUUCGAUGGAUCGCUCUGCGCUAGGCGAACUGAGGAAGGGUGCAGAGAUCGUCCCUGAUGUGGCCACAGAGAACGAUGUCAACGUCGACGGCGACGAGCAGGGGAAAGAACCACUAUCCCUGGUGAACUCUGAGUCAGCAGUGAUCGAGGUGGACGAUGACGCCGAUGGUAUGGAAGAGGUCGUCGUCGAACCGAAGCCGGCAAGGACGCCCAGGACAAUGCAGGAGCUCGCAGAAGAAGCAGCGCGCCGCGAUGCCAGCAAGAACCAGCCGAUAGAUUCCGAGCAAGAGCUCGUGCUCGCUUCACUACCGUCCACCGCCGGCGCAAAGAGCGCUGCGAACGGUGGGAGCACGCGGGCUUCGAGAAAUGGGACCAAGAGCGGCACAUCCACCCCUCGGGCGAGCACUCGAGGCAAGAGCAAGACAUCAGCUGCCCCCAAGAAUCCGCCCCGUCGGACGCGGAAGCGGACACGAUCACAGGCUGAGGGGUCCGAUUCCGGUCUAGAGGAGGAGGGAGGGGAAGAUGCAGGGCCGUCUCCUGCGAAGAGAUCACGAUCCCGCGCACCACCGCCGCCCGUGGCACCCUCGAGUCGCGUGCUCCGGACACGCAAACCGAAAGAUGCGAGUACUGUGCAAGAGGAAAAGGAGAUCGAGGCGGCAUACCGGCGGGCGAUCGCAGACUGAUGUCGUUAUCUGUAUACUGUAAUGCCAUCUAUAGUACACUCGAUCCGUAUAGUCAGCAUAAUCGCAUAACCUAUACACCUAGCUGACUGUCGUCGGUCGGUUUAACAUCCUCCACAGCUGAAGGUGGUGGGGGCGUAGGCUCGGCGCUGACGGCCGUCGAAGGCUGCUCGCUCGUUGACACUGCCUCGACAGUGCUCAUCACUGUGGCUGGCAAGAGCACAGCAAAGGUCAGGUACGACGUGUGCCCCCGGACCUCAGGGAACGUCUUCGACAGACAGAUUUUCGUCGCUCCGGCCGCCUCCUGCGCCACCUCACGGACGGGUGCAGACGCAGCGUCCGCGACAGACGUACCAGCGGCCGCACUUUGGCCCGCUGCGCCGUCCCUCUCGAACGCCUCCCUCUCGUCCUGCGCCUGGACCUCGGGCGGGAUGGGCUCGUCCUCGGCACCGGUUUUCGCCCGCUUGCCCUCCGUCCCCUCCAGGGUAUCAUCGUCCUCCGCCUUGCGCUUCGCCGCCCGACGCUCUGCCCCCGCCCGUGCGUUCGCGAUCUGGCGGAGGCGCUUCUCCUCCCGGCGCGCCUCGAAUUGCUUCAGCUUUUCGCCGACGACGCUGACGGGUGUGAGCGGCGGCGCGGCAUCGACCUGGUGCGGGCGCAGGAGCGUCUCGUACAUCGUGAUCUCUGUGAACCCAGCCUCGUUCAGUGCCGAUACGGUGCGCAAUACCUGCUCCAUGCAGGGGCUGAAGCAGCAUAUCCGGGUUGUGCGGUCUUUGCGGAGAGCUUGCUUGGCGUGCUCGACGGCAUCCCAGGGUGCAGGCAGGUCGAGGAAAACUGCGUCGACGGUGUCCACGACCGUGAAGCCGUCCUUGCAGACGUUGCGGUGCGUGAGCGUCACGACGCCGUCCAUCCCGUGGCGACUGAAUUCCUCCCUGUGCGAUUCGGGGCAAUCGAAUCGCGAUGCUGAUUAGCUUCCCAAGGACCCACAUGCCCACUUUUCCACACAAAUCAGAAAUGCGUGCGCGCGGUCGCGGCACGCAUGACUGGGGCGGACGAUCGCGCUACGCUGUUCGCACACCCCCGGGAUCUGAUAGCAUAGGGAGGCUCGACAUACGAGCACAGCAAUAUGUUUGCCCACUGGGCCCGAGAUCCAUGGUCACCUGGGAUCUUGCGCUCGGCGCCGGCGAGCGGGAGUCCGUUCCUCUCGGCAUACGAAAGGAGAGAAAAUGACUCGGCGCGAUAUGACAGCACGAUUACUUACUUUGCCUUGUUGGCGCGCGUCUCGUGGAACUCAAAUGACCAGAGAUGACCUGCGGGCCCGAUGGUUCGCGCGACGGAGUGCGAGAAGG